UGUGACACACAUAGGCUGGUGUUGCGCUACAGUGCUGCAUUUGUACAGAAAUUUUCUUCUUCUAUAGCCCCACAUAUUACUACCUUACUGGUACAUGGGAAACAGGUAAAGUGCCCAGAGGUCUGACAUGGAGCUUCAUGAGAU